AUGGAUUGUCCAGAAAGCUUUUCUCACACCACCUACAAGGGGAAUUAUUCCUGGCCACUAACCAGUCCUGCUGCCAAAGCAGAGGUCAGCUGCAGGAAGAACCCUCUGCAGUCUGCUCGGAGGAGCUGUGCAAUUAAUAUUGACCUCGAGAUAGCUUUCUGGAAGAAACCAAAUGUGACUGAAUGUAAAUUGCUGGAAGAACUUCCAAACAAUAUUAUAGGCCUCCAUGAUGUCGUGGUAACAGAAGAGAAUGCCCAGGACGUUGUGCAGCACAUUUUGUACCUCUUGCCAAAUGCAACACUGCAGCUGGAAGAAUUAAAAAUCAUUGAAAGUAUCAUUUCUGAUGUCUUAAGGCUUGCAGACAUGAGCGUGACACUUGCAGAGAACACACUGUCCAUAGUUAACUACAUUUUGCUAAGAGAAAUAGAAGAACAGAACAUUAGGAAAAUGACCAACGGUAUCCUCAAGACAACUGAGGAGAUAGGCUAUAAGGUGACCUACAUGGAAAGAAACACGUCAGUCAUAACCACCUCCUUGGCUUUGCUGGUGACCCGUCCAGACCCCAGUGCGUUUGGAGGACUGGCCUUUGGUGUUACAUCCUAUGAGAGAGGUGUGGGUCUCAAGGAUGAGAGUUUGACCAAGGAGAGGCUGAAUACCUACGUUGUGAGUGCCAGCAUUGAAAAUGCAUCAGUGCAGAACCUCAACGAGCCUGUGACCAUUACCCUUCAGCACAUAGACCAAAUUGAGGGUAAUGCAGCAGUGCACUGCGUCUUUUGGGACUUCCAGAAGAACAAUGGACUGGGUGGUUGGAAUACAUCAGGGUGUGAAAUGGAAUCUACAGAUAGGGAUUACACAAUCUGUUUUUGCAACCAUCUCACCCACUUUGGAGUCCUGCUGGACUUGUCUCGGGCAGAGAUAGAUACGACACAGGACCGUGUGCUAACGCUGCUGAGCUAUGCAGGAUGUGGUGUUUCUUCCCUGUUCUUGGGCAUCACCCUGGUGACAUAUCUGACCCUGGAGAAGCUGAGGAGAGACAAUCCUUCCAAGAUCCUGCUCAACCUUUGUGCUGCACUGCUGAUGCUCAACAUGCUCUUCCUCACCAACUCCUGGCUGUCCUCAUUUGACCAGCCAGGCCUUUGCAUCACCGUGGCUGUGCUCCUCCACUAUUCCCUUCUGGCAGCUUUCACAUGGAUGUGCCUGGAGUCUGUCCACUUUUACCUGGCUUUCAUCAAAGUGUUCAAUGUUUAUGUCCCAAAGUACAUCCUGAAAUGCUGCAUUGCUGGCUGGGGAGUGCCAGCCAUGGUAGUCACUCUCGUGCUCAUCAUAAAUAAGGACUCCUAUGGCAACGGAUCGCGUUCUGAGAGCCACCCAUUUGGCAAUUUCUGCUGGAUUCAGGAGAACCUGGUGUUCUACAUCUCUGUGGUGGCCUAUGUCUUCUUUAUAUUUGUGACAAAUACUGCCAUGUUUAUCACUGUUCUCCUUCAAAUCCACUCCAUGAAAUCGAGGACACAGAGGAGAUCCAGCUUCUGGAAACGAGGUUUUCUCCAAGACCUCAAAAGUGCUUUCAGUUUGAUGUUCCUUUUGGGCUUAACUUGGGGCUUUGUCUUCUUUGCCUGGGGAGCAGUGAGGAUAUUUUUCCUGUAUCUCUUCAGCAUUUUUAACACCUUGCAAGGGUUCUUUAUCUUUGUGUUUCACUGCCUGCUGAAGGACGAAGUAGUGAAGCAGUGCCGAGUCCACUUCUGCUGGGGAAGAUUUCGGCUGAGUAAUUCUUCUGUGUUCCCUUGA